UCACCACUAGGUAGCCGCAUAAGGAUUGAGCAACAUUAGAUAUGUCUCAGGCUCUCAAUUCAUCACUCCCGACAAUCACUAUACUGUUAUCUUUCUUGACACUUUUUGCAUGUGCUUCUUCAUCACAUGGCAUUGGCACCACGCUUGGUGACGAAUCCAGUGAGGACUUCCAGGCCCUCCUUUGUCUCAGGAACCACCUUUCUAACCAUGCGGAAGCCCUUGCCUCGUGGAACAGUACACUGCAGUAUUGCAGUUGGCCCGGUGUCACCUGCGGCAAGAAGCAUGCAUCUCGCGUGAGAGCAAUUGACCUUGAAUCGCUAGGGCUGGACGGCCAAAUACCGCCAUGCAUCGGUAAUCUCACUUUUCUCAGAAGAAUCAACCUCCGGGGUAAUCUGCUGAAUGGUAGAAUCCCACCUGAGGUAGGCCAUCUGGAUCGUCUCGUUCAUUUAAACCUUCAAUCGAACAAGUUUACUGGUCAAAUACCGUAUUCUUUAUCUAAUUGCUCUAGCCUUCAGAUCAUUGAUCUCGGGAACAACUCCUUCCAGGGGGACAUCCCGCCAGGUUUGGCCAACUGUGUAAAUCUAACAGAGGUCUACCUCGAUAGCAACGUGCUCCAUGGAAGCAUUCCGGUUGGGUUCGGCGUGCUUCCUAAGCUUUCAAUUCUAUUUCUUCCUAGCAACAACUUGACUGGACAUAUUCCUUACUCACUUGGAAGCAGCCCAUCACUCACCUAUGUCAACCUGACGCACAACAGCCUAACUGGAGGCAUCCCACCUCUCCUUGCAAAUAGUUCAUCCCUUGAAGCUUUGGACUUUGAACACAAUGACCUCUGUGGCGAGAUACCUCCAGCUCUCUUUAACAGUUCCUCUCUUGUACUCAUAAACUUUAAACAAAAUAAUCUCUUUGGGUCUGUUCCACAUUUCUCACACACCUCACCACUGAUAAGUCUCGACCUGACCUUCAAUAAUCUCGCUGGCGAAAUUCCUUCCUCUGUAGGAAACUCUUCUUCCCUUUUCGAGCUUUUGCUUGCAGGGAAUCGCUUGCAAGGACACAUACCGUGGACUCUUAGUAAAUUACCACAGUUGCAAACUUUAGACCUCAAUUUCAACGAUCUCUCAGGAUCCGUCCCAGAUUCUCUCUACAAUAUAUCCGCACUCGCAUACUUUGGCAUGGGUGGUAACGGCCUCGUUGGAGAAAUUCCAGAAGACAUUGGCCGUACUCUUCCAAACAUCGAAGCAUUCGUUGCUCGAGAAAAUAAAUUCCGAGGUCGUAUUCCAGAUUCAAUGGUCAAUGCCACAAGUCUUCAGGUAAUUGAUCUCGGUGAUAAUGCAUUCCAUGGUAUUGUUCCUUAUUUUGGGAACUUGCUCAACUUGACCACUCUAGAUCUAAGCAAGAACCAGCUCGAAGCCGGAGACUGGAGUUUCCUUCCCUCUCUCGCCAGUUGCACAAAGCUAGUAAGGUUACAGUUAGAUACAAACAACCUACAUGGGAACCUGCCAAAUUCCAUCGGCAGUCUUCCCAAAAGCUUACAGGUUUUGGUGUUAACAGACAAUAAAAUUUCUGGCCCGAUACCACAUGAGAUAGGGUGCCUCACAAACCUCACACUUCUUUACAUGGGCCAAAAUCUGCUAUCUGGAAACCUCCCAAACUCGCUUGGAAACCUUCCACACCUGUUCGUUCUAAGCUUAUCCCAAAACAAACUAUCUGGGCAAAUACCACCUUCAGUUGGAAACCUCAGUCAACUAAGUGAGCUCUACUUGCAGCAAAAUCAUCUGAGUGGGUCCAUCCCAGUAGCUUUAGCACAAUGCAACAAGUUACACACCUUAAACCUCUCCUGCAACUCCUUUGACGGAAAAAUACCAAAAGAACUCUUUACUCUUUCCACACUUUCUGAAGGUCUUGACCUCUCUUACAACAAACUCUCUGGACCUAUACCAAUGGAAAUUGGAGGGUUAAUCAAUCUUUCCCCACUCAAUAUUUCCAAUAACCAGUUGACCGGAGAAAUUCCCUCAACUCUGGGUGGAUGCCUCCAUUUGGAGUCCCUCCACCUUGAAGGGAAUCUACUUGAUGGGCGGAUCCCUCAAUCGUUCAACCAAUUGAGAGGCAUAAGUGACAUGGAUCUUUCUCGAAACAGCUUAUCUGGUCAAAUUCCAGAUUUCUUUGUCGAGACCUUCGGAUCCAUGUCACUUCUCAAUUUAUCAUUCAACAACCUGGAGGGACCCGUACCAAUUGGCGGGAUCUUCCAAAAUGCAAGCAAGGUGUUUGUCCAAGGUAACAAAGAGUUGUGUGCCGUUUCGUCGCCACUAAAACUGCCACCUUGCCACACAGCUGCAUCUAAACAAAAGCACACCUCCAACAUACUCAAGAUGGUUGGAAUUUCUGCUCUUUCUAUGGUCCUGCUAUCAUGUAUUGGAGUCGUAUUUAUGAAGAAGGGAAGCAAGGCCAAACAAGCAGCACUUCCAUCAGUCAAGGGGUUCAAGAAGAUGGCCUAUGCUGAUUUAGUGAAAGCAACAAAUGGUUUCUCUUUAGCCAACUUGGUUGGCUCAGGAAACUAUGGGUCCGUGUACAAAGGUAGAAUUGAGUCUGAAGAACAUGCAGUUGCUAUCAAAGUUUUCAAACUUGAUCAACUUGGAGCAAUAAAGAGCUUCCUUGCUGAGUGUGAGGCCUUGAGGAACACUCGUCAUCGUAACCUUGUAAAGGUGAUCACUGUGUGUUCAACAAUAGAUCGUGAAGGACAUGAGUUCAAAGCUCUUGUUCUUGAAUAUAUGGUUAAUGGAAACCUGGAAAGUUGCCUCCAUCAAACACCCCACGACCAUUAUCCGAAAAGGCCGUUGAGUUUGGGUUCAAGAAUUGUAAUAGUGGUAGACAUAGCUGCUGCUUUGGAUUACCUCCAUAACCAUUGCAUGCCUCCUAUGGCCCACUGUGAUCUCAAGCCUAGCAAUGUCCUUCUCAAUGAUGCCAUGGGUGCAUGUGUUGGCGACUUUGGAUUGGCCAAGUUCCUGCACACUUACACUUCUUCGGAGACUUGUAAUUCUACAAGCUUAGUGGGGCCAAGAGGAUCAGUUGGAUACAUUGCACCAGAAUAUGGAUUUGGGAGUAAAGUAUCAACAGAGGCCGACGUUUACAGCUAUGGAAUCAUCAUCUUAGAAAUGCUCACUGGGAAGCGUCCGACUGAUGACAUGUUCAACGAUGGCCUCAACCUGUACAAGUUUGUUGAGGAAUCAUUUCCUCAAAACAUUGGCAACAUUCUAGAUCCUAGAAUCGUUCCCAGCUAUGGAGACGAAGAAGCAGGAAGUAACUUAAACCAAGAAAAUCAUCCAAUGGCUGGAACAAUGAGCUGCAUCAUCGAGCUCAUUAAGCUUGGCCUAUUAUGCGCUGCAGAGACGCCCAAAGAUCGUCCAGCAAUGCAAGACGUUUACAGCGAAGUCACCGCAAUCAAAGAAGUUUUUUCAGCACUGCAGGGCUGAGCAAAAGCUACAACAGCUUCUGAUGCUCACAUGUUCUGGUCCAUGAAGACCUAUGGCUAGUUUGCUUUACAUGAAGCUUUAUUUAGGUUUAAUUAAAUCAUGUAUGUUGUGUACCGAUUUCUAUUAUACUAGUAUAUGUUUGUCACGUACUUCAGCAUAAGUAAUGUUGUUGAGGCUA